AUGCCAAUUCGCACCUCCGUUCCAGACACAACUUCGGCCAUUGACCGCUCGCACCCGGAAUUCCCAGUGGCGGAGCUGGUGGAUGAGGACAACUUCUUCAAAGACCAUACGCCGCCGGCGUAUCUCCCGGAGAUCGAGGCACAGGUGCGGGAGUUUAUUGCACACCACCAGACCACAGGAAAGAAUGUUGUUUUGGUCACGUCUGGGGGCACCACAGUUCCACUUGAGAACAACACCGUGCGCUUUAUUGACAACUUCAGUGCGGGGACCAGAGGCGCCACGUCGGCGGAGUACUUUUUGGAAAAUGGCUACGCGGUGAUCUUCCUCCACCGGGAGUUCUCACUCUUGCCCUACUCCAGACACUACUCGCACACCACCAACUGCUUCCUCGACUACAUGGAUGAGGCGGACGGCAAAAUCGAGAUUAACAAGAAGUUUGCGGACGAGAUGUUGCUUGUAUUGCGCAAGUACCGUCACGCAAAGGACAGCAACCUGUUGUUGCUUAUUCCGUACACCACCGUCAACCAGUACUUGUACACGCUUCAGCUGAUCUCCAAGUGUUUGCAAGUGGCGGGGAAGAAAGCACUUUUCUACCUUGCCGCUGCGGUAUCGGACUUUUUUUUGCCAUCGUCGAAAAUUCCCGAGCAUAAGAUACAGUCGCAGGCUACCGGUACAUUGGUGGUGAACUUGGAGCAGGUGCCAAAAUUCUUGAGACGUUUGGUAGAUAGCUGGGCUCCGAGCGCCAUGAUCGUGUCGUUCAAGUUGGAGACUGAUGCCAACAUCCUCAUUCUGAAGGCCAAGGGUGCUUUAGAGCGUUACCAGCACCAGUUGGUCAUUGGCAAUUUGUUGCAGACCAGAAAGGACGAGGUAGUGUUUGUGACAAGCACGGACGAGCGCUGGAUCCGGUUGACGGAGGAGCAGAAGGGGGUAGUGGAUAUCGAGAGUCUUAUCAUUCCGGAGGUGAUUGCCGCACAUACCGAUUGGACGGAAAGGCAAUAG